AAAUGCUACACUGUUUCUCAUGCAGGACGCAAACGAAAGUUUGGGCUUUUGCCGUCGCGGAUCUCGACGGUUGUCUAUCCUUGUGUUGUCACUGGGUCCCCCUCAGUUUUCAUGUAGAAUUUGAGGACGUAUUGUGGACAACGUAGUAAGGGCGCAGACCUGAGGUGAGGAUGGCGACGGGAAACCUCGCAGGUUACCCUUCGAUGCCUACAACACCUGCAAGGGCUGCCGCGGCUGUCAGUAGUCGACGAGGAGGUGGUUCUGGUGGCAGAGGUCAAACAGUAGAAAAGCAAAAGGGCCUGAAGCUAUUUAGCACGAAAGUGUGUGAGAAGGUCCGUCAGAAAGGCAAAACUACGUACAAUGAGGUGGCCGAUGAGCUUGUCCAAGAAGUUCAGGAAGAGAGACAAGGACUGACUGGUGAACAGCAGGGCUUUGACCAGAAGAACAUUCGCCGGAGAGUGUACGAUGCAUUGAAUGUGCUAAUGGCUAUUCACAUUAUUGCCAAAGAGAAGAAAGAGAUCAGAUGGAUAGGCCUCCCGACGAAUUCUGCUAGUGAAUGUGCCAAGCUUGAGGAAGAGAAGCGCAGAGCAGAAGAAAGGAUUGCGAAGAAGAAGCGUGAACUACAAGAUGUUUUACUGCAACAAAUUGCGUUUUCACGGCUCGUUGAGCGCAACAAAUCGAUGCCUCAGGAAUCACCCCCUGCUCCAAACUCUUCUGUCCGAUUACCCUUCCUGUUGCUGAAAACGAGUAAAAACACUGUCAUUGAGUGCUCCAUUUCCAAUGACAGAACGGAAUACUCGUUUGACUUUGACCAGCCAUACGAAAUUCUCUCGGAUGCUGAUGUUAUGAACAUGAUGCGCAUGAGCUUGGGAUUGGCGGAUGGCACGUGUACGGAAGAAGAACUGGCGAAAGCUAGGCAGCUUGUGCCCAAGAGAUUUGUCCAGUAUAUUGAUGAGCUGUACAUGAACAAAGGACGCCAGCCUAUUGCUAUUGGCUCAGAAAUGGAAGCUGCUGCCUCUCUGGCAUCAGCCGACCCGGCAACGGCUGCAAUGGCCAUGGCAGCGUCAGUUGAUGCAGCUGCGCCUGUUCUGGGCAUGCCCAUGGAAGCUAUGGCGUCUGCGGUGUCAGCCUCUGGGAUUACACCUGUAUCGAUGGCACCCUCCUUUCUUCACACGCUUUCUAUGGAUAAUGGUUUGGAUCGCAGUGAAGAAUCGUCUGAGGAGAGCCUCAGUGUUGAUUGAGCAUGCUCGACUUACUAGUAAAUGUCCCCUAUUGUUCCUUUCGAGUACAUAACCAUACGUGAGUUGUAUUCCUUUGUCUUGUCAUUGUCCUGUGGAGAUCUUGUGCAACUUUGAUGGAACUCAACCAUGUACAUACUGCUAUCCGUACAGCUUACUUGUUAAUGAGUUUUACCUUCCUCUCUGUUUCUUCCAUUGAAUCCAUGUGUUUCUGUAUCUGCACUAACUGUGACUAGUUAAGUAGCUUCUUUCCCGUUUGGCUGUCCUUCUGUUUCACUGCCACUAUGGAGCUCUCUAGCUUCUUGUAUUGAUCGGGUCACAGGCGAGAGCUGCUUGGACCCCAUCCUAGUCUUCUUUCUUCUCCUUCUGCUUCUGGGUAUUUCUCUAGUUUCCAUUCAUUAUCAAAAUCAUUCAUAGGCAUGUGAGAUAGGUGAUAAACAGUUUUUCACGUGUCCUUUUUUUCAGUAGUAUUGUGAGUAAUUUGUUUUGUUCAAUAUAGUGAAAUGCUGCCUUGAGAUCAGUGACAUUUUUUAGCUACAAGUAUGGCCAGCCCCAUGCCACUUUUUUAAGCUUGUUCCUCAUACAUUAAACUGUGUGUUUCAUAUUCUGCUGUUGCUGGCGUCCUAACACAAUAUUGGAGACAUCAUGUCAUGGUUGCAGGUCAACACUCUCCUCCUCUAA